AUGUUGAACACAAAGGAUCCAGCACCCAUAUCCAAGUUCUACCAACCUUCUGCGUUGGGAAAUAUCCUAUGGCACGAACUUGAACUCUGCUAUGGUUUCGUGCGACGAGAUCUUGGGACUGGCCUCUUGCCCGUUCCGGGAUUCACAUUGGCAUCGUUACUAUACCGAAAGGCUUCCGCUGAAGAGAUCUAUAGCGUGAUACCAUACGCCUUCCUCUACGGCUUCCUAUAUCUCUACAGCUUCGUAGUCGCAAAUCAGAUCGACGGCGUCAACGAAGACAAAGUCAACAAACCCGACCGCCCCAUCGCCAGCGGUGCCACAACCCUGCGCGCUGCAAAAAUCCGCUGGACAAUCCUUACCCUCUUAUACCUAGGGUACAGCUUCUACCUGGGUGUUGAAAAGCCAACUUUGUUAUGGAUCGCAACAACUAUCGCGCACAACUUUUUAGGGUUUGCGAACUUCGGGCCGACAAAGGAUGGAUGUAUGGGUGCGGGAUGUAUUGCGCAGUUGACGGCUGGGUGGGCGAUUGGUGGCUCAUCGCCGGAGAUGGGAUGGGAUUGGAUCAAGUAUAUUACGUUGUAUAUGUUGUGGCCGAUUCCGUUGCAGGAUUUGAGGGAUGUGCCUGGUGAUAAGGCUGUGGGGAGGCUGACGACGCCGAUUUUGAUGGGGGAUACUAUAUCGCGAAUCUAUAUUUCUGCUGGUAUAUGUGUGUCUCAGUACCUCCUUGUGAGAUACCGCAUUCUAGAGUACAGAUACGACAUCUCGACUAUAAUCCUCAGCGCUCUACUUGCUGUGAUGAGUCUGGCCGUCGUGGUACGGCUGUUUGCAUGGCGGACUGUGACUGCGGAUAGGGGAAAUACUGACUUGAGUCAUAUCUCGAGUUUUGAUUUGCUCAAUCGCGGCAGGAGCAUGGAGAGAGUGAGAGGUGAAAAUUAA